AUGAGUGCCAAAGAAGAGAGAAAAGAAUUUGUUAAGAAGAGUAUGGAUACGAAAACUAGUAUAAAAAAAAUGGAUAACAUGAUAAGAAUGGUGAAUGAGAUAAGUGCUAUUUUUAACACUAUUUGUGAUCAUUUAAGCGAAACUUGGAAACCACAUGAACAAGGAGUACAAGUAAGUAGAAUGAACCUUAAUCUACCAACAUAUGACCCAGACUUCAUUGAAAAAAUGAAUGACAAGAUAAUGAAUAAAAUGGAAGAGUUUUCCCAACUACUCGAAUCUUCUUUAGUUGAUUUGGAAUAUGCUUAUCAAGUUGAAGAGGCUUGGAAUUCUAAUCAGAAUAAUCGAAAUAAACCGUACGUUAAAUAUGAUCUUAACGAUGAUGAAAAAAUUAUUAUAGAUCUCAAAGAAAAAAUGCAAAAAACAAGUCAACAAGUUACAAAUACAUUUUUUAAAGAUUAUGAAACUUAUUUUAAAAAACAAAAGGAUGAUAAGCAGAUCAUCAUUUCAGAAUUAACUUUUCCCAAACGAACAAAAGCAUAUGAUGCAAGACAAAUUGAUAUUACAAUUGAUAAUUGGCUUGCUAAAGCAAAAAAAGGACCUUACAAAAUAGAAAUUGAUAAAACCGAUUUUGAUACAUUAAAUCGAGUUUCAGCCUUUUCAAAAACAAUUCUAGAGUCAUCAGAUUCUUUGGAGUUUCAACGAAUAACACAACUAGCAACCGCCAAAUUAAAUGAAUUAGAUCAUACUGAUCCGAUACCAGAUCUACUGGAAAGGCAUAAGCCUUAUUCGGUUAAUAGAGGUGUAACUCCUACUAGUAUAGGCGGUAGUAGCAAAAGUUCGCAACAGUUUUCAUUAGGACAGCAAAAACAGCAUGGCAAAGAAAUGACGAUCACUCUCACAGAACAAGAGUUAAAUAUAUGCGACUUAUUGAAACAAGUUACUGCCUAUUUGAAGGAAACUAAACCCGAGUUACCCUCUAUUGAACUGAGAAUAGCUGGUGGUUGGGUUCGAGAUAAAUUACUUGGAUUCGAAUGUAAUGAUUUAGAUGUUGCGAUAAAUCAUUUGACAGGAUUAAAUUUUGCAAAUUAUGUUAAAGAAUUUGUUGAUAAAGAACAUAAAUCUAUUCCAGUAAAAAUUCAUUUAAUAGAAUCAAACCCUGAAAAAUCUAAACAUUUAGACACUGCUACUACAAACCUUUUUGGUUUGGAUAUAGAUUUUGUUAAUUUGAGAAAAGAAGUCUAUGAUGCGGCUAGUAGAAUUCCUGUUUCUAUUGACUUUGGUACACCCGAAGAAGAUGCUUAUCGUAGAGAUAUAACAAUAAACGCGUUAUUUUAUAAUAUACACACAUAUGAGGGCAAGUCAGAUUUGAAAGAAGGAUUAAUUCGCACGCCACUUCCCGCUUAUGAAACAUUUAAAGAUGAUCCACUUCGAGUAUUGAGAUGUAUAAGAUUCGCAAGCAGAUUUCAAUUUGAGAUUGUUGAAGAUGUGAAAGAUGCCAUUAUAAAAAAUGAUAGUAUCAAAACAGCACUAAAUGAGAAAAUAAGUCGGGAAAGAAUUGGAUUAGAGGUUGAUAAAAUGAUCAAAGGACAUGAUCCCAUUGGCGCCUUUGAUUUGAUUCUUAAUUUAGGACUUUAUGAUAUAGUGUUCUCAUCACCUCCACAAGAAACCAUCGUAUCCGGAAAAUUUGAAGAUUCAAAAAUUUGUUUAAAUACAGCAAAAAUUCUUAAAUGGUUGUUUUCUGAUGAAAGUAAAGGUUAUGAGUUCCAUCCUAAGUUUCGUCAAUUAAAUGAAGAUGAAAAGCGAAAACUAUAUUUGGCAGCCUGUACAUUACCUUAUAAAGAUAUGAUAUAUACAGAAAAGAAAAAGAGGCAUCCGGCUUGCCGUUUUGUAAUCCGCGAAGGGUUAAGGUUUUCGAAUGAGGAUGUUGAUAAAGUAACAAGCCUUUUCUCAAAUGUUUAUUCUGUGAAGAACGCAGUUGCACAGAAUUAUGAAGCCCCAGCAAAUAGAGUUGCACUCGGAUUAUUGAUACGUGAACUUGGAUCUGAAUGGUUAACUAAUUUACUCUUUGCUUUGUCCAAUGAGUUGAUAUCGAAAUUUGACAAUAUGGACCAAGUUAAAGAAAUUAGUGACAAAUAUACAAAGUUAAUUGAAAGAGUACAAGAAUUAAAAUUGGAAAACGUUUUUAAUGAAAAACCUAUCCUAAACGGUAAAGAUAUUCAGAAUUUAUUGAAAAUUAAACAAAGUCCGGAGGUUAAAAUAAUAUUGAAUUCAGUCAUGGAAUGGCAAUUAGAAUUCUCAAGUAAAAGUGAAGAAGAAUGUAGGGAAUUUAUUAAAACUAAAUAUGGAAAAAGAUAA